CUUCAACAGUAAUUAUCUAACGUACAUCAUGAGUGAAGACAACCAUAUCAAUGAAGAGGAGAUAGAUGAAGAAUUCAAUGACGUAGAAGAUUCGGUCGUGGCAAACGGAACUCAAAGUCAAAACGAAACACAGUCUGUGGGUCAAUCACAGGACCAAACGAACAAGACCAGUAAUGCGAAGCCCAACCCACCAACCAGCACAGCCAGUGCUCCUAUAAUUCCAGAUCUUCCCGAACUCACAAGAAAGGACAAGACACUUCAGGAGGUGCUCAACUUAAUGGAAGGGGACUUUGCUCCAAUCAUACCCGAUGCUGUAACUGACUAUUAUUUGGCGAAGAAUGGAUUUGAAUCCUCAAACGUCAAAAUCAAGAGACUUCUUGCCUUGGCAACCCAGAAAUUCAUAACAGAUAUAACACAGGAUGCUUACGAGUACUCAAGAAUCAGAAAUUCAUCAGCUGUGUAUAACUCAUCCAAUCCUCAAGCGAGAGCAAAGCUUUUAUUACAAGGUCAGCAGUAUGCCAACCAACAGCUGAUAACCGGGGCAGGUUCUGGAGCUGGCUCUGCAAUCGAUGGUCAAUCCGAACAGCAACAACCAACGCAUUCCGGAAGCAAUGCAGGUAAUCUGCAAGGAAAAAUUGUAUUAACCAUGCAAGAUUUGAGCAGUGCUUUGAGCGAAUACGGAAUGAACAGCGCGAGACCAGAUUUCUACAGGUAGUUUGAAUGUAAAUUAGUCGAGAGGGAUUUAGUACCCACCCAAUGUAUAGAUAUUAAUUGAGUUUCAACGCUUAAACCAUGAG